GCUUCCAGGCCCUAGCCUUGAUUCUUCAACGCCUUGGUCUUUGCUCUCUUCCCGGCUCGGUCCGAUCCCGUUCCCUCAGUCGUCGGUUACGGAGUGCAAGCGAUCACGUCUCACAGUCACGGACGACAGUCCCUCGCCCGGUUUCCUUGCCGCCAGCGACCCGCUCUACAUCGCCAUCGACAUAUUGCGGCCCCCCUGACGUUCUCAACUGCGAGACGAAUUACAUGGGAGUGCCGUCUUGCAUCGGACGCAAGCAUGAUCAUGUUGUCCCUGGGUUCCUGAAGCUGAGGCUCAGCUCCCCUGCUCAAACAGUUACGACUAGAGCAUCUCGUGCACAUUCGUACCAUGGUGGUCGACGUGGACUCCCUGAGGCGGGAUGCGGGUUUUGAACCUUACCUGCCAUGUCUUGAACCGAACGCGUCCUGCGGGGAUGUCUUCAGCUACCAGACGGAUCUGCCAUCGCCUUUGUCUCUGCCGCCAGGCGAUGACCCUCAAGAGAGAGAACAGUCAGAACAUGAACAUCCACAAGACGAGCGUGUUGUGCCCAACGAUUCGACAUACACCUUCCUGCCAUGCUCACCGCCCGCUUCCCCCCCAUCACCACCCCUGUCUCAGACGACUCCCGACAUUUCGACCCCAGAGCCUGAAGCUUUUCCGUUCUCCCUCACCCUUGACGUGGGCGCUUCCGACUUCCACUUCGCCCCCGUGCCCUCAUACCUCGUGCUCCCAUCGUAUGCCGCAAAACGUUACCGGGCCGCAAGCGACGUCGACGGCCCCAACACGGCAUCCUUGAGCUGGAAGAAGCGCCGCCUGCGACACCAACUCAUCACCAGCCGCCUCUCGCAACCCUUUUCGCUCCCAGCGACGCACAUUAUCAACCGCGAAGCCGUCGCCGCGGGGGACAAGCGGUUCAUGAAGCUCGCCGCCUCCGCCUCCGCCAGCAAACGCUGCACGAGCGUCCAGAGCUCCAUCAUCCGCCGCGCCGCCCUCCUCAACAGCGUGAGGUCGCGCCUCCAGAACGAGCUGACCGAGCGAGGGGAGGUCCUCCUCACCGACGCCGCCGCGCAGACCACCAUGCUGCAUCGCGGCCAGCAGGCUGCCACGGGUGGGCGGUUCUUCAGCGUGGCGGCCAUGCCGGGGCACGAUGCGAGAGGAGGCGUUCGUCCGAGGGUCGUGCUGGUCCGUCCGUGUGGCGGCGGUGGUGGGCUGACAACGACGACGACGACGACGACGACGCCAUCAGCUGGUGUGUGCCAGCAGCGGCUAGACGGGAGACCUGCGUCGCCCGCGCCGUCGGUGCUGAAGGUGGCGGAGAACGCGGCCAGGAGGGUAUCCAAGUCGCCGCACCUGAGGCCCAUGCGGUCCCCCGUCUUGGGCCCCGCCGAUGCCGGCCCGGAUGAGGUGGGCGAUGACGAGAUCGCCUUCCCGGGUGAUGACAGCCGGUAUACUUCGGGGGACGAGGACGAGUCUGGGGAUGUGUACUGCGAUUUCGCUGCCAUCUUUGGCGGGCCGCCUGAAAGUGACUCGUCUGACGAUGAAUCCUACGAGGAGUGCCUGGAUGAACUGGAUGGAAUAUCAUGGGUCGGUCGGUAAAGCAUCUGAAAGUUUGGACAAAGGCAUAUGGGCGUUUCUUCUUUUGCUGGACUUCUUUUCUUUGUUACUUCAUUCAAACAGCACAUGGCGACCAUAGGACUUUGCAUGACACGGGGCGUUACUGAGUCCGGCCGGCGUGGGAUGGACAGGUCUUGUAUCUGUAAUGGCAUCAAAACGGUCAUGGGAGCGUUGACAUUCGAGGUGAAAUAGUGAACACGAUCAAACUCUGCAUAAUACCCAGAAAACCGCUUGAUUUUGAUUUCUGAUACCAGAUGUCUAGU